AGCGUGAAGGGACGUCCGCGCCCACAAGGCGGCCUCAGCUCCCGCUUCCCCUUGCCCGGCGCGGCCAGUUGCAGGGCGCGGAUCCCGCUCGGAGAAGGCGGAGCGGCAGCUCCUCCCUCAGCUAGGAGUCAGCGGGGGCUGGUCGGACAGGCAACCUCGUCGGGAAACUCCAGUCCGCCGCCGUUGCCGCCGCCACUUAGCCCAGAGGAGACGCGAGCGAGGCCACAAAAGACUUCUUUGUGCACCGGCGGCCCCCUCGUCCCUCGUUUUUGGCCGGCGCCAGCAUGGGCGCAGCCAGCGCCGCCUUCUUAGUCCUGUUGGCAGCGUCCGGGCUUCUUCCUCAGACCACGCCAGGUGAAGUACAGAUCCCAGAUUCUGAUGAUACUUUAGGCCAAAUGGAUGGACAUGUUAGACCCGUUCCAACACACAAAGGCUACUUUUUGACCUUUUUGGAACCAGUGAACAAUAUCACCAUUGUCCAGGGUCAGACAGCAAUUCUACACUGCAAAGUAGCAGGAAAUCCAUCACCCAAUGUUAGGUGGUUAAAAAAUGAUGCACCAGUGGUUCAAGAGCCAAGAAGAAUCAUUAUAAGAAAAACAGACUAUGGCUCACGAUUACGAAUCCAAGAUCUUGACACAACUGAUACUGGUUAUUAUCAAUGUGUAGCCACCAAUGGGAUGAAGACAAUAACUGCAACAGGAGUUCUUUUUGUAAGACUAGGUCCAACACACAGUCCAAAUCAUAAUUUUCAAGAAGAUUACCAUGAAGAUGGGUUUUGCCAGCCUUACAGGGGAAUUGCCUGUGCGCGAAUCAUUGGAAACAGGACUAUUUAUGUGGACUCCCUUCAAAUGCAAGGAGAAAUUGAAAACAGAAUUACUGCUGCAUUUACUAUGAUUGGCACAUCCACUCAUUUAUCUGAUCAGUGUUCCCAGUUUGCCAUCCCAUCUUUUUGUCACUUUGUGUUUCCACUGUGUGAUGAGCGUUCCCGGACACCUAAGCCUAGAGAGCUGUGUCGUGAUGAGUGCGAAGUUCUAGAGAACGAUCUCUGUCGGCAGGAGUACAACAUUGCUAGAUCCAAUCCUCUCAUUCUGAUGCAGCUCCAGCCACCUAAAUGUGAAGAGUUGCCGCUGCCUGAUUCUUUGGAGGCUGCCAACUGUAUAAAAAUUGGAAUUCCUGUAGAACGGCUCAAUAGAUAUCACCAGUGUUACAAUGGCUCUGGUGCUGAUUAUAGAGGAACUGUCAGUGUUACAAAGUCAGGCCACAAUUGUCAGUAUUGGGAUUCCCAGCAUCCUCAUCCCCAUGACUUCACAAGUACAGAGUUUCCCGAACUUGGAGGUGGGCAUGCUUAUUGCCGCAAUCCUGGAAGCCAGAUGGAAGGACCUUGGUGUUUUACUCAGAACAAAAACGUACGCAUGGAACUGUGUGAAGUACCUGCAUGUAGCCCACGUGACAGCAGCAAAAUGGGAAUUCUCUACAUUCUGGUUCCAAGCAUAGCCAUCCCUUUAGUUAUUGCCUGCCUUUUCUUCUUGGUCUGCAUGUGUAGAAACAAGCAGAAGGCAUCUGCCAGCACUCCACAGCGUCGUCAGCUGAUGGCCUCUCCCAGCCAAGAUAUGGAAAUGCCUCUCAUUAAUCAGCACAAACAGAAUAAACUAAAAGAAAUCAGCCUUUCGACUGUGAGAUUCAUGGAGGAGCUGGGUGAAGAGAAGUUUGGAAAAGUUUAUAAGGGUCACCUAUUUGGCACAGCUCCAGGGGAGCAAACACAAACCGUGGCCAUCAAAACACUCAAGGAUAAAGCAGAUUUAACUCUCCGAGAAGAAUUUAAGCAUGAAGCAAUGAUGAGAUCAAGAUUACAGCAUCCCAACAUAGUUUGUUUACUGGGAAUAGUGACCAAAGAACAGCCCAUCAGCAUGAUUUUUAGUUAUUGUGCUCAUAGUGAUCUUCAUGAGUUCCUUGUGAUGAGAUCUCCCCACUCUGAUGUUGGUAGCACCGAUGAUGAUAAAACAGUGAAAUCAACAUUGGAGCCAGCUGAUUUUUUUCACAUUGUAACUCAGAUAGCAUCAGGAAUUGAAUAUCUCUCAAGCCACCAUGUGGUCCACAAAGAUUUGGCCACCAGAAACGUCCUUGUGUUUGAUAAACUCAGUGUGAAAAUAUCUGACUUAGGUCUUUUCAGGGAAGUUUAUUCUGCUGAUUAUUACAAACUAAUGGGAAAUAAUCCUCUUCCUAUUCGAUGGAUGUCCCCUGAAGCAAUCAUGUAUGGCAAAUUUUCAGUUGAUUCAGACAUCUGGUCUUAUGGCGUAGUGCUGUGGGAGAUUUUCAGCUAUGGCUUGCAGCCUUACUGUGGCUAUUCCAAUCAAGAUGUCAUUGAGAUGAUUAGAAAUAGGCAGGUUUUGCCAUGUCCAGAUGACUGUCCUGCAUGGAUGUACUCACUGAUGUUAGAAUGUUGGAAUGAAUUUCCUAACAGAAGACCAAGAUUCAAAGAUAUCCACAACAGAUUGAGAACAUGGGGAAACCUGUCGAAUUACAACAGUUCUGCACAAACCUCUGGUGCAAGCAACACUACACAAACCAGUUCCCUCAGCACAAGUCCUGUUAGUAAUGUCAGCAACGCCAGGUAUGUUGGGCCAAAGCAGAAAACUCAAGCGUUCUCUCAGCCACAGUUCAUACCAAUGAAAGGACAAAUAAGACCAAUGGUGCCACCUCCUCAACUUUACAUUCCUGUCAAUGGUUACCAACCAAUGCCAGCUUAUGGAGCGUAUUUGCCAAAUUUUUAUCCUGUCCAGAUCCCAAUGCAGAUGGCUCCUCAACAGAUAGCUCCUCAGAUGAUUCCAAAACCAGCUUCCCAUCAUAGUGGGAGUGGUUCCACUAGUACAGGAUAUGUAACAACUGCUCCCUCCAAUGCUUCCAUGGCUGACCGGGCUGCUCUCCUGACUGAAGGAGUAGAAGAGGUACAUAAUGGGACAGAAGACAUUGCUCAGAAUCUGGUCCAGGAAGAGGAGGAAGAAGAGGGCUCUGUGCCCGAAACAGAAUUAUUGGGUGAUAAUGACACUCUUCAGAUGGACGACACCGAAUUUCAGUCAGAACCCUAAGGAUGUUGCCUUAGCACAGCGACAAUACGGGGCUUCUUUUUAGUUUGCCGAAGACUGUAGUUCUUCUGAUUUAUGCAAAAUCAGUGUUUUACUUCAGACUCCUAUCUACAACUGCUAACCCAAAAUCUACAUAAAGGCAGCAGUCUUGAGUACACCGUUUUGAUAGAUCAUUUUUCCAGAAGAAAUUUGCAAACUUGAUGUAGAAUAGUUAUUUUAAAAUCUAGGGUUGAUUACAGCUCUUGCAGGGAGGCUGCUUUUAUAAAAUACUGUUGCUGUGCAACAUAUAGUAGAAAUGUAUUGCACCUCGUGUAUAUCUUGAACUCUGAUUGUAUUUUUAACGAAUUCUGGUUAAAUUUAUAACCAAGCAAAGUAGCUGACAUGGAAUUGAUCUGCAUGCGAAGAAAUGGCCAACAUGUUUCUUUUUUAAAAAAAAAAUAACAGGUUUAUCUUGCUGAUGCAUUAAACUUUCAAAGGAAUUAUUCAGAAAUGGGUAAAGUACAGGUAAAGGCAGAAUGACAGUUUUUCUCAGUCACUAAUCCUUUCAUAAAGAAAUCCAAUAAUUAUUUUUUAUAAUUAAAUGGAAGUUUGACCUGAUUUAGCAGGAAGUAUAUUUUGAUCCCCAAAGAAAUGACAGACAAAAGCUAUGUUGGAAGUUAGGAGAUUCUCAAGGUUGAUUAUAAGAUGGGCCACUAUAUAAAUGUUUUAAACAAAUACAUAAAAAUAAAAUGUUACAACUUAAGCCAAACCCUUUUGCCUCGUCAAAGUAAAAUUUAGUAGGAACAGAUCACCACAUUGAUCUCCCUGGUCACCACAGCUUUCACUUAAUUUUCCUUUAAGACGGUGCUAGAGAGCCAAGUGAUCAGCCAGAAUUGUCAAUUUUAUUUUAUUUUAGGUACUAGACCUAUGCACAUACGUUCUUCAUUUUUUUUUAAAAAAAAUAGUGAUUGUAGAUUCUUAACCAAAAUAAGUGACUUUGUACAGAAUGUAUUUUUUUGUGAUUAAUGCCUUAUUGUGAGAUGAAUCAUGUACAGAUUUUGAAAUGUAAUUUAUGUUUUCGUACAUUUUUAUGUGUUUUUUUUCCUAAUUGCAAUAUUUUGGUAUUUUAAAUGCUUAUAUAAUUAUGACUAAUAGUAUUUUAUUGGGAUUGGAAUUUGUACACAUCUAUAUGCUGAUAAAACUGGUCCAUACAUUUCACAGAAAUUUUUGUAGCAUGAGUACUCCUUCAAUAUUGUAGCCCAGGAGUUGGCAACCUUAAACACUCAAAAAGCCACAAAGUCCUAACCGGAAGCCCCCCAUUCAAUUCUUGAGCCGACCGGAAGUCCAGUUCCCCUAUCAUAGUCUCCUCCUAGUGCAGCGUCCUUUUUCCUCUACCUGUCCUAACUAAAAGCCCUAUCAAUUGUGGAGUCAACCAGCGACAGGGAGCUGCAGCAGAGGGAUGAAAGUGCCACAUGCGGCUCCAGAGCCAAGGGUUGCCAACCCCUGGUGUAGGCAAAUAUAAAUUAAUGUAUUGGGCUGUACAUUAAGUACAUGAUCUAACCAAGCAACCCUUCAGUGAUGAUUAAUAUUAAUGUGCUGGGGUAAAAAAAGAAGAAAAAGUAAAAAUGGAAAUUCACAUUUUUGUUACCUUUUACUUAUUAAACUGUAUUUUUCCUAAGAACAUUUGGAUUCCCUUGAGGUCUAUUAUAAUAAUCUGAAGCUGAUGGUAGCAACAGGAGCUGUUUUACUGGUUUGUAGUUUCUCUUGAAUUGGCCUAUGCACUGGUAGUUAAACAAUGAAAAUCUCUCUUGCUUUUUAGCGUGUGAGUUGGAGACUAUUAAUAAAUCAUUUAAAUAAAUUGAAAUUUACUUUUUAAAUGGUGUUGAAAUCUGAUAUUAUAAAAUCAGAUGAAUUUAGAAAUUCAAUUCUUUUUUCAAAACUUGCUUAAAGGAAUUUGAAACAAAGUAUAAAUGAAAUUACUGUUUUUUCACCUGUCCCUAUAAAUAAUCUUAAUAUGCAAAAAUGCCGAGAUUGUGCCAUAUUUUUUACAUACUGAACCGUUAUUCUCUGGUCUCAAUUUCUAAAUCUCUAAAAUUCCAUAUCAUAAUAUCACUAUCAAUGCACGAUGAAGGGAAGACGAUAAUCAGUGGAAAAGAAGAUGGUCUAAAUAAAUCUUAGCUUCCUGGUGCUAUAUUAUCUCAAAGUGAUCUUGAUUUUUUAAAAAAAACAACAACUGAAAAUUAUGAUUGCUGUUAUAUUGGAUUACCAUCAUAAGUCAUUGUAUUUUUUUAAUUCUUGACUGAAUGACUAAUCAAUAAAUACUGUUCCUUCUUUAAAUGAAUGGGAACAGUAUCCAUAUUUAAAAUAUUGUUCAGUUUGCCACAAAUAUAUUUUAUUUGCUGUCUUCAUGGGAAAAUUUGCCAGAAUCAGAACAUAUAUUCUUAGCAGGUUGUCAGUACCAAACAGAAACAUAAAAACAGCACCAGAAUUAUGCAUCAUCACAGUUUUUAAAACAAGCCAUUAAUCAAUGUUGUCAACUUUUUUUCUUGAACUGAGUACCUCUACAUAUCUAAUGCAGGAAGGGAAAUUGAUUGAAGACCUGUUUGAUUUCCUGCUGUUUCUGAAGGUGUAAUGGGGCUGCACGUGUCCACCUGUAUGAAAUAUGUGGCUUGGGCCCUCUAAUUCCCAUGGGGUGCCCUCUAAAUUUUCCUUCCCAAUCCUGCUUUUCCUACCCACUAUUCCUGUAUUUCCCACCAGCCACUCUAUCCCAGUAAAGUUUUUUCUUGUCAUUGUAUUCUUUGCAGGAAAGGGAGAGAAAACUUACAACUUCUCCAUCAUUUGUGUUGUAAAUGUUGUACCUUGAUGAAGGUAUCUUUUCUUUUGUGUACACUGAGAGCAUAUGCACCAAGACAAAUUCCUUGUGUGUCCAAUCACACUUGGCCAAUAAAUUCUAUUCUAUUCUAUUCUAUUCUAUUCUAUUCUAUUCUAUUCUAUUCUAUUCUAUUCUAUUCUAUUCUGUUCUGUUCUGUUCUGUUCUGUUCUAUCCAGACAGCAGGAAAAGUACAGGUAGUCCUCAGCUUAGAACCUCUGAUUUAACAGUUCAACCUCACAAUGGCCUUAGGAAAAGUGACUUAUGGCCUAUUCUCGAAGUUAUGACCAUCGCACCAUCUCAUGACUGCAGUUUGGAUGCUUGGCAACCAGCUUGCAUUAUGACUGUGGCAGUAUCUUGCAUUCAUGCGAUCAUAAUUUGGGACUUUCCCAGCUAGACUCCGACAAGCAAAGUCAAUUAGGGAAGCUGGAUUCACUUAACGACUACGUGAUCCACUUCAACCAUGGUGAUUUGCUUAACGAUCAUGGGAAAAAUGAUCAUUAAAUCAGAUCCAGUCACAUAAUGAUUGCUUUACUAUCACACCUACUUAAAAUUGAAAUUUCGGGCCCAGUUGUGGUCAUAAGUCAAGAACUAUCUUGAGCUGAUAAUAGAAUAGAAAUAGAAUAGAAUUUAACUUCUAGCCAAUUCAUAAGCCUUGUGGGAAUUCAUAUUUGAUCCAUACUGGCCAAGUGGUUUCUGUCCAUGAUUUUACAACUGGGUUUCCCCCCAAAAAGCAUCCUUUUCAUGUAUGCAUGAAUUUAAAUGAAUCAUAUUACUCAUAUAGGUCAGUUCAUUUCUCGCCAUAGAGUUGACUCAGUACAACUUUAUUACGUUGGUUCAAGAGCUUGUACUAUCACUAGCCAUGCUUAGCAGCUAUUUCAUUUAUCCAUAUUCUGUGUUUAUGAGCUUUCAAAUCCUCCAGCUGUUGUUUGCAAGCUCUUCAACUUUACAUUCUCUAUUAAAUUCAGUUUUGGUCUCCAUUCAUAACUCCGCAGCUGCUUAUGGCAUUCUGUACUGGAAAAAAACAAUAUAGGUGAAUUUCAUUGUUCAUUUGUUUUAUUGUAUGCUGGAAUGAUAGGAUAAUUUCUUUUUUUGAAAUGCAUUUACUGACAUUGGCAGAAGCUCUGUCCAUAAGUAAUUUUACCUAUCGUAUUUUCUUUUCUUUUUUUUAUUAAAAAAGUUUUAUUUUAACAUUCAUAUCCAAUAACAUAUUUAAUGUACCAUCAUAUACAAUUAAUUGGACCUGCCCGAUCACCACCCCCUUCCUUUAACUCUCUUCCCUUCUCUACCUUCUUCUACUUUCCACAACCAUCCUCCCCCUCUCUUAUCUACAUUCUCUCCUCCUUCCUCCCUACUCCUUUCUUCUCCCUCUUCUAUCCCUCUUCCUUCCUUUCCUCUUCCUCCUCUUCUCUUUCCUACCUCCUUCUCUCUUCUACUUCCUUCUUUCCCAUCAUUCUGAAGUGGUAGCCAGGCAGCUCCGAUCUUACAUUAAUUAUACGUCUUCAAUCAUUACCUAUUGUAUUUUCAUGUCCCUUCUGUAAAAUAGACCUGUAUAUAUUUUUUACAGCUGGAUCCAUGCCCAAAUAAACAUUAUAUUCUAAAAUUUAUGUAACUCGGCUACUUUUAGAAACCCCUUUAGUCCUUAAUUUCAACUGGUCAUAGUACUUCAAAAAAACAACCAACCUUAAACUUGAUACUUAAAAGUUCUAACCACUAGUUUCCAUUAUCCCAAAGGAAGUCUAAAUAUCUCUAAUAUAGGGAAUUAGAUAUGUAUCAGAAUCUCAAACCACCCAAUUCCAGUUUUAUUUCAUAUGAAGGUAAUGGAAUUAUAUAAACUGAAACUGUGAUGGCCUCUGGUUUUGCUGACAUUCCUAGCAUGGAGUGUCUAGGGAGAGCAUAUAGGUUAUCUUUGCUCACAUAUUAAUCAUGUGAGAGGGGGCACUUGCUUAUGGAUGGAGAUAAAGAUGGAGAUGGAAAGUUUCAGAUGUGCCAAGAACAAGUGUAAAUGACUUUUUCCUCAUAUAAUACUAGUAGUCCUCAUUAACACAAUUGAGCCCAAAAUUUCUGUUGCUAAGCAAGACAAGUGUUAAGUAAAUUUUGCACCAUUUUGUAACUUUUCGUGUCACAGUUGUUAAGUGAAUCACUCCAGUUGUUAAGUCAGUAACAGGGUGAGUUAAGUGUAUCUGACUUGUCCAUUGACUUUGCUUAUCAGAAGAUCACAAAAGGUGAUCACAUGAUCCCUGGACACUGCAACUGUCAUAAAUAUGAACCACUUGCCAAGCAUCUGAAUUUUCAUCAUAUGAUCAUGGGGAUGCUCCAAUGAUAGUAAAUGGGAAAAAACGGUCCUAGGUCACUUUUUUUCAAUGCUGUUGUAACUUCCAACAGUCACUAAAUGAACUGUUGUAAGUUGAAGACUGCCUAUAUCAGACUUCUCUCGCUGUUUGUUUUUCAUGAACAAUCCCCAUUCAAAGAGUAAAACUGACUACAC